AUGCGUCCGUCCGAGGUCGUGCACGAAUUGGAUCGCCACAUUGUUGGGCAGCACGACGCUAAACGGGCGGUCGCCAUUGCGAUGCGGAAUCGCUGGCGUCGUCAGCAGCUACCGGAGGAUCUGCGCAAAGAAGUGACGCCGCGCAAUGUACUCUUAGUGGGACCGACAGGUGUAGGAAAGACUGAAGUUAUGCGUCGAAUGGCGAAAUUGAACGAUGCUCCCUUUCUCAAGGUCGAGGCCACUAAAUUUACGGAAGUUGGUUACCAUGGACGUGACGUUGAUCAGAUUAUCCGUGAUCUUAUGGAUGUAUCCAUGCAGCUUACGCGGAAAGUGUGGACAGAAAAGCUUCGAUCUCAAGCUCGCGCCAUGGUUGAAGACCGAAUUCUGGAUCUACUGACGGGCCCUGCGCAACAAGGAAAAGGUGGUACGGGUGAUGCUCGUGGCAGAGAUUCGUUCCGGGAUAUGCUCCGACAGGGCAUGCUCGAUGACCAAGAAAUUGAGGUCGAAGUACCGCAGGGAGACCGCAACCCCGACGUGGGUGCUGGGGGCGGAGAUGGGACAAGUCCGAACAUCGUAGCGAUGUCCGAUCUGUGGCAGCGCAUGUCAGGUGCGCAAGGAGGAAAGAAAACGCCUUCUGAACGAAAGAAACUACCGAUUUCGGAAGCACGGGAAGUUAUUCUCGAAGUCGAGUUGGAAAAGCUCUUGGAAAAUGUGGACAUGAAGAAAGAAGCGAUACAGGCUGUUGAGGAAAGCGGCAUUGUCUUCAUCGAUGAAAUCGAUAAAAUCUGCUCUGCGCGUGACUCAUUCAGCACUCGUAGUGCCGAUGCUUCGGCAGAAGGAGUUCAGCGGGAUCUGCUUCCUCUGAUCGAAGGAACGACAAUCAAUACGAAGUACGGCAACGUCAAUACCGAUUAUAUUUUGUUCGUAGCCGCAGGUGCGUUCCAUUCCGUAAAGCCAAGCGAUUUGCUCCCAGAGCUGCAAGGGCGUUUGCCAAUUCGUGUGGAGCUAAAAGGACUGACAGAAGAUGACCUGUAUCGCAUUCUUACCGAGCCUGUGGCGAAUCUGGUCCGGCAACAAGUUGAGCUUAUUGGGUCGGAAGGUGUUUCACUGGAAUUUGACGACGACGCUGUUCGCGAGAUAGCCCGCAUGGCUGCCUUACUCAACAGAACUAUUGAGAAUAUUGGGGCGAGAAGACUUCACACCGUUAUGGAGCGCAUAAUGGAAGAACUGAGCUUCGAAGCGGCCGAAUUAGAUAAGGGUGCCAUUCUCCGGGUAGACAAGGCAUUGGUACAGACGCGAUUGGAAGAAUCAACGAAGAAGAGCGACCUUUCAAAAUAUAUCUUGUAA